CAGCCAACUUGAACGACAUCACCAACCAAAACUUCAAGAACAGCCGAACCAACUACAUACAGCCUUGAGCAACUCUCGAUUAGUAACCCAUUCAAAAACGUCAUGGCAUCCCCAGGCAGUCGUCCUUCUCCCGCACCAAGCACCCCAGGCUCGCAAGCACCGGCAGCCAGUCCAGCUGCUGCCAUCAACCCGGCCACCAAGAAGAAGGAAAUCACAGCUGUCCAAGCUGCAAAAGCCAAGGCGAUGAAUGUGUUCACUAGCGAUGGUUCGUUCUUGGAAAGAUUCAAAAAGAUGAAGGAGGAGGAAGUGGAAAAGAAGAAACAGGAAGAUGCCCUAGCACGGAAGCAGGCUUUUGAACAGCGAAUCAAAAAUCGUGGCAAAAGGACAGCCGACCCUAAUGAUUCAAUAUCGACAUCCAAGAAGAGUAAAACCGAGGAAGAAGACAAUGCAUAUCUUCGAGAAGUGCGUAAAUUACAAGGCCACAGUCUUCGAGACGAGGGUGCGGGUGUUCGUGCUUUAGUGAAAUAGAAGUCCAGCUAAGCAUUUCUAUAUCAUCAUCCGUUUUUUCAAAUUCGCAAGUUGUAUUGCUCACUUUUCUGCUACAGUGUUUGCGAUAAAAAAAAUACUCGCGUUGAUACCUUCUUGUUUUUCCUGGAAAUUAAUUGACCCAAGAAAAAAAAGGGCAAGUUUUUACUUGUAGAGUUCCAGGUUGACUGUUGUAACAUUCUAUCAUUGGUGCAAGUUGAUCUCAACCUCAC